ACUCGAGCCUCCCCUACAAGGACGCUCGCUCUUCACUGGGCAGGUAGGGGCAGCUUCCUCGUUCCCCGGCUUGUCGGGAGCCAUGGCCGCGGCGGCGGCGGCAACAGCAGCCUUCAAGUUCCUUUCGAGUCAGGUUCUGCGGCGCGCUCGCUGCCCGCUUGGCGGGGUUAGCAAUACUGUGUAUUGUCCUCAUUUGCCUGCACAACAGUUACAUACAACUAAACUUAUAAUGCAGUUCAGCCAGGAAGACUUUGAAAAGGCCAAAGAUCAGCUAAAGCUUUUGAAGGAGGACCCUGGUAAUGAAGUAAAGCUGACGCUUUAUGCAUUGUAUAAACAGGCUACCGAGGGUCCAUGUAAUACUAAAAAACCUAGUAUGCUAGACUUUGUAAAGAAGGCCAAAUGGGAUGCAUGGAAUUCGCUUGGUGUUCUGCCCCAGGACAGCGCAAGACAGAAAUACAUUGAGCUUGUGUCAAGUUUGGUCUCUGCAGAAUCUUCUGUGGUUAAAGAGACCCCCUCUGGAAGCAAACCUGGCUAUGAAACAUUACAGAUUACAACUAAAGACAACAUCACAAAGAUCACAUUAAAUCGCCCUAAGAAGAAAAAUGCUAUUAGUACAAAGAUGUACACUGAAAUUAUGCAAGCACUUGACGAAGCAGCGAAGGAUGAUUCAGUUAUAACGGUUCUGACAGGUAAUGGAGAUUACUAUUGCAGUGGAAAUGACCUGAACAAUGCUGCUGAUGUUCCAGAAGGUGGCAUGGAUGAGAUGGUACAGAAGAGAGUCCAGAUGAUCAAAAACUUUGUCAAUCAUUUUAUUGAUUUUCCUAAGCCGUUGAUUGCUGUGGUGAAUGGGCCAGCUAUUGGGAUCUCUGUAACUAUCCUUGGACUAUUUGACAUUGUGUAUGCCACUGACAGAGCUACAUUUCAUACCCCCUUUAUCAACUUGGGUCUAUGUCCCGAAGGUUGUUCCUCAUAUACAUUUCCCAAAAUUAUGGGCUUAGCGAAGGCCUCUGAGAUGCUGCUUUUCAAUAAGAAGCUGACGGCUGCAGAAGCCUGUUCACAGGGGCUUGUGACUGAGGUUUUUCCUGACCAUACUUUCCAGAAAGAAGUGUGGACAAGGCUGAAGGCUUAUGCAAACCUUCAGCAGAAUUCCUUAUCUGUCUCCAAGCAGUUAGUACGAAACAUGGAAAAGGAGAAGUUAUAUGAAGUCAACUCUCAAGAGUGUGAGUGCCUCAGAGGAAGGUGGCAAUCUGAUGAAUGCAUGGAUGCUCUAGUGAAGUUCUUUCAGAAGAAGUCAAAGCUCUAAUACCUUGCCAACCAAAGCUUCCUUCCAUCCCCUUAUUACAUGAAAAGCUGAUAUUAAAGUAAUACUAUGGAUAUUAAUUGUACUUUAAUUGUACCUGACAACAAUAACCCAUUUAUUAUCUGGUGAUGGAAAUGCUGAAAUCAGAAGGCUACUAAUGUUGCAGAGUUUCUAGUCUUUCGGAAUUUUGUUGUCUCAUAUUUAGACAUGAAUCUGUGGUACCAAAAACACUGCAUACUUCUUUCUGGACCAUUAGGUGGAAAAGCACUUAUCGCUUUGCAUGCAGAGCGGAACUCUUUGAAUAUGACAACAACUGUUUGCCUUCCAAAAGGGGUCACUGAUUCAAUCUCUCCAAAUUUUGUGAACUCUUGAAGAACUGAUUUCUUAUCAUACUGCUUUAACAUGGUCUUUGGUGUCCAUCUGUUGUGGAAGAGAAAAGAGGACAUUGUGUUAGAAAAAUUGAAUUAAAAUAUUUUAUUUUCAAAUUGUUGUUGCAAGGUCACAUGGUGUACAACUUUCUAACAGUUUCAUUGAUUUUGCCAUGUCUUACAAUUUAUUCUGUCAUGAGUUAGAAAAAGUCUAAGGCACCGGAGAACCUCUGGCUUAAAUCCACUUGUUAAGCUCACCUACAAGAUUGAAUCUGUUGCUGGACUCCCAUUACUGGUGGCAUUAAAUCCUCCAGUGUAAGUCUCUGGUUAAGAAGUCACCAGUUGUAUUCCCUGUUACAUAGCACUUGUGUUAGUUUGCAUGUGACAAGAAAUCCAAAUGCUGAUUCCCUGACUAGUGGCAGUUUGCAGCAUAAACUUACGCUGACAAAUUUAAUGCUGAUGUAAUUAUAUAAUUUUUUAAUCUAAUCUUUUGGCUAAGAUGUUUCAGAUCAAUGUAGUGCACACAGUUAGGAGUGGGUUAUUGGUAGUAAGUGAAAGGGAAAGUAAAUAGAGAAAAUACGGAUACUGAUAAUUAACUCAUUAAUAUCAGUCAUUCAUAAAAUUAUGGUUAAUAAUAUAAUGGUUCUUGAUGGACAAUGAACACAUGGUGUAUUAAGAUUUGGUGAUAAACUCUAACUUGACAUUCUUUCAUUAUUUCAUUUUUUUCCUAACCUCACUUGUAAGAAUUUUACCCUCAAGUAGAUGAAUUAUAUUUUUACCUCUGUUUCUGGUUAACACUUCAUGCAAGACUGUAGUCACUCAGUAAUAAAUUUGCAUGGGAUUAACCCAGUGGUAGUCCAAACC